UUCUCUGGUAUUCCCAACGCCAAAGACGAACCUUUCAUGAAAACCAGUAUAAAAGUUGUGGAUGUGGCCAGGUUUGACCAYUUUGACCUCAACGCCACCGGCUACCCUGAAAAGAGCAGAUACUUCCUYUAUGGAAACAACGAGAAGGCCUAUAUUUCCCACAUUCCUGUCAAGAAACCAGAUUUUCUUCAGCUUGCCGAGCUUAAGUCCAUUCCAGAGGGUGUUUCCAAGSUGUUGGUUAACUUCGGAGUAGAGCUCGAGAUGCCUUUUUGUGGAAAUCCGGUUGGUAGUGAUGGCCAGAUCAAAGAUCCCUUAACGGUAGACGCUAGUUAUUCAGUGUCGUUCACUGGGGAAGGCGGCAAGGAGCAAACUGCUACCGUCACAAUUGGCCGAAUUAUUUUAUUCGAGAAGUCACUAAUCAAUGAUGGAAGAUAGAAAGAAAUGGUGCUUUGAUAUCUUGAAACAAACAUUUCAUAAAGACUGGAUUCAUUCUAUCUAUAUUCACCAAGGAUUGUAGAGGGUUGAAUAGGUGGCUAGGAUUCAUAUUUUUUCAAGUGUGUUAAACGUGUAGGAACACAAUAGAGACCGAGGGACUAAAGAGAAAUUAAACCAGAAAUACUUAGAUUGGAAAUAGGGAUAAAAAGGAAUCCUUAUAAAGAGAAAUAAACUUAUUGAAAACUGCAA